CGGAAGGAAUUCUUUCACCUCUCUUUUUGCUUAUAAAAAGGCCUCUGUUUUCUCCUUACAAAGAAGAGAAGCCGUCUUUUUUUCUCCUCCAUUCUCUAUCUCAAAGAACAAAACUUCCUCUUUUUUUUUCUCUUUAUUCUUUCCUCUCUUUUAUUCUCUCUCUGGAAUUGGCCAUGGAUACGUUCUUUAUAUCUCACGGGUCUCCGACGCUGUCGAUCGAUGAAAGCAUGGCGGCGAGGCAUUUCCUCCAAUCGUGGAAGGCCAAGGUGUUCCACCCCGUCCCCAAGGCCAUCCUCGUCGCCUCCGCUCACUGGGACACUGCUGAGCCCACCGUCAAUGCCGUCGAGGGGCCCUCCGACACCAUCUACGACUUCUAUGGCUUCCCCAAACCCAUGUACCAGCUCAAGUAUCCUGCACCUGGCGCACCCAAAUUGGCAGAGAGAGUAAAGGAGUUGCUGCAAGCAGCAGGCUUUGGCCAUGUUAAAGAAGACAAAACUCGCGGGCUCGAUCAUGGUGCAUGGGUUCCCCUCAUGCUCAUGUACCCAGAGGCUAACAUUCCAGUGUGCCAACUCUCUGUCCAAAUGCAGAAGGAUGCUAGAUACCAUUACAACAUGGGGAAGGCCUUGGCUCCACUUGGGGAGGAGGGGGUCCUUAUUAUUGGGUCAGGAAGUGCUACACACAACCUGAGGAUGAUCAGCCGAGGCAAUUCACCUGCACCAAAGUGGGCACUGGAUUUUGAUACUUGGCUCAAAGAGGCUCUCCUUGAUGGAAGAUAUGAAGAUGUGAUACAAUAUGAGGACAAGGCACCUUGUGCAAAGGUUGCACACCCGUGGCCGGAGCAUUUCUACCCUCUCCAUGUGGCUCUUGGGGCUGCAGGCGAGAGAGCAAAGGCUGAACUGAUCCACAAUAGCUGGAGCAAUGGAUCACUUUCUUAUGCCUCUUAUCGGUUUACAGCUGUUCAAUGAUGUGCAGGUCAUAUGCCCCAAUCAAUCCUAUGGGCCAGAUGAUAAAUAAACUCAAAAGAUAGGGUUGAGAAUCCAUAGCUGGUGAAUAAAUGAGAAGCUUGCUGGAAGCUGUGUUUCAAAUUCCUUCUUCCAUUUUUUUGCAGAAUAAUUUCAUCAUGGGGACUUGAAUUUAGCUCCUUGAUGAUGGUUAAUGUACCUCUAGAAUUUGCCAUCGAACAUGGUAUCCUUGGGUGUGUUCAUUUACCUUGGAUAAGUUUAUAAUCUUGGAGAUUCUUAUCAUUCAA